ACUAGACUUGACGUGAAGUGCUGGACUUCAGGGGCGUUCAGUAAGCAGCCGGCUUCCUGGAGCUUUCCCUAGCCCGAGCCCCGCGUUCCUAAGCCUGUGUCCGCGGGGCGGCUCAGAGCCACUUUCGGUUAGGCGUUCGAGGCGAGUCCUCGCGCACCUGACAGCCAGGCCCGGAGCUCUCGCGAGACCAAGUGCGCUGCGCGAGCACGACCGGCGUCUUUGGAGUUGCUUGGGCGGGAGUAGCACGAUGGACGAGGAUCUGGUGGUUGCGCUGCGGCUGCAGGAGGAGUGGGACGUGCAGGUGGCACGGCGCGCGGCGGCGCGGGAGUCCCUGUCGUUGGUGGAUGCGUCCUGGGAGCUGGUGGACCCCACCCCGGACCUGCAGGCGCUCUUCUUGCAGUUUAACGACCGCUUCUUUUGGGGUCAGCUAGAGGCGGUGGAAGUGAAGUGGAGUGUGCGCAUGACACUGUGUGCUGGGAUUUGCACCUAUGAAGGAAGAGGAGGAAUGUGCUCCAUCCGUCUCAGUGAACCUCUUCUAAAACUGAGACCAAGAAAGGACCUUGUAGAGACUCUUUUGCAUGAAAUGAUACACGCCUACUUAUUUGUCACUAAUAAUGACAAAGACCGGGAAGGACAUGGCCCAGAGUUCUGUAAACAUAUGCAUCGAAUCAACCAACUGACGGGAGCCAACAUAACGGUCUACCACACUUUCCAUGAUGAGGUGGAUGAGUAUCGUCGGCACUGGUGGCGCUGCAAUGGUCCCUGCCAGCACAAACAGCCCUAUUAUGGCUAUGUGAAACGUGCAACAAACAGGGCACCCUCUGCCCAUGACUACUGGUGGGCUGACCACCAGAAAACUUGUGGAGGCACUUACAUAAAAAUCAAGGAGCCAGAGAACUAUUCAAAGAAAGGCAGAGGAAAGGCAAAACCAGGCAAGCAGCCGGCAUCAGCAGUGGAGAAUAAAGAUAAGCUAUGCAGAGGGGAGACCCAGCCGCUCAUCCCAUUCAGUGGAAAAGGGUAUGUUCUUGGAGAUACAAGCUCUUGCUCUUUACCUGGGAAGUUGAACACCUCAUACAUGGUUAAUGAAGCCAAAGCUCUCUCAAAUCAAGACCAUUCAGCAAGUGGCCUGAGACUUGAUUCCAACAUUGAGGUGAAAUGUGAACAGAAUGGUUUCCCAAGUAAAAAACCUCAUCUGGUCUCCCCUGUCCCCACUGCUAGUCACCAAAGUGUCCUAAGCAGCUACUUCCCCAGAGUCUCUGUUGCCAACCAAAAGGCUUUCAGAAAUGUGAAUGGAUCCCCAGUAAAGAACGGGACCAUUGGGGAAGGCACCAAGCAUUCAGCCUCAUCCGGUUCGCAGAGAAAGGUUCCGCCUUCCAGGGCAUCCCUGAGAAAUGCCUCCAAAGUAAUGACAUCAGCAUCAGCAACUGUGGCAUCUGCGACUGUGACAUCUUCAGCCAUAUCCCAAGAGGAGAGUGCAUCUGAAGACCAGUUCCCAAACAAGCGACCCAGGCUGGAGGACAGGACUCCUUUGGAUAAUAUCAUCAAGGAGCAAACACAGAGUGGUGGUGGUGAUCUUCAGAAUAACUCACGGCCCCCAGCCACCAGCACAGUUCGAAGUUCAAGCAGCUCUUGCAAUCAGCGACGGCUGGUCAACUGUCCAGUCUGUCAGAGUGUAGUUUUGGAAUCAGGGAUUAAUGAGCACUUGGACCGCUGCCUGGAGGGUAACAAAACCAAUCUCCGACCUCGAAGAGUCUGAAACGGAAUGGACCCCAUACCACCAGUUGGCUUGUGGUGGUAUUGCCCUCCAGGUGAAUGACCUGUGGGUUACAAUCUGGCUUAUUACACCAGCAGUGUUCUAUUUUUACAUAUACAUAGUGAACAGUCGUAGUCUGUCUCCAUCCAGGUGUGGUGGUAUAUCCCUGUAGUCCCAGGUACUCAGGAAGCUGAGGCAGGAACAUCGCUUGAGACCAUGACCCUGGGUAAUGUAGGGAGCCACUCUCUCAGGAUCU